GACAUUUACAGAUCAAUACAAAAUCUUCAGGGAAACCAAUGAUCCUGUUCUCUAUUUUGAGAGGAAAAGUAAAGAGUACUACAGAAUUUUCCAGAAAUACUGUCAAGGAGCUUCAUCAACUGCUAUUUUUGGUGACAUUGUUUGUAAUAAACUCAAAGAUCCCAUUCAGCAGAAUGUCUACAAAAAAACUGCCAGAGAUUUAGCAGAUGAAAUGAGGACAAACUGUGAAUCACUGAAUGGGAACCGAUCAAAUCUGGAGAAACACAUCCUGAGGACACUGGCAGAAAAUCAGGACUUCAACGCAUACAUGACCUACAUUAACAAUCCUAAAGAACACUUCAAGAAUUUCAUCAGAGAUGAAGUCAGUCACUACAUCACUGAAAGAUUUGAAGAUAGUGUUCGACCCAAGAUGAAAAACAACAUUAAACUGCUGCAGCAACAGAUCAUGAGUGCAGCACAUGAAUCCAGCAAACAUGUCAAAGAGAUCAAUGGAAAUACUGAAUCAUGGUUGCUUCAUUUCACUCAACAGCUCUCAGGUGUGCUGGUAUUCUCUGUGAAAGACCUCACUGGAGUGAAUCAUGAUGAUGUUGAAGUCAGAUUCCUAGAAGAUGUGAUAAAGAAAGAACUUCCUUCUAUUAUGUUUGACAUAAUCAGUAAAUUUAGCACAGAAACGUUUCCAGUAAAGCUGGAACACAAAUACAGACCAGAUGAGAUUCUGAUUGAUCACCUCUGUCAGUGCUGUUGGGUUCAGUGUCCUUUCUGUGCAGCCAUCUGCACCAACACAAUAGAGAACCAUGAUGAAGAUCACAGUGUGCCUUUCCAUCGUAAUAAUGGACUGAAUGGGUGGUUUUACAGAGGAACAACAAACCUAGCUAUCAACAUCUGCACAUCAGCAGUAGCCAGUAAUGGAUCUUUUUAUCCAAAUAGCUCAGAUGAUACAGUUCCGUGGAAGGAAUACAGAAAAGGAGGUCCUAAAUAUGCUUCAUGGAGCAUCACCCCAGAUCUCUCUGAUCUGCCGUACUGGAAAAAACCUUUCACCAGAUACCAAACAUACCAGAAAAAUUAA